AUGGGCGCCACCAACAACCAGGACGGAACCGCACGGGCAGACCCCCAUGCCUGGAGAAGAAAACCUCGAAAGUGGGCGCCCAAGUCAAGACUAGGAUGUAAGACUUGCAAGAUACGGCGAGUCAAAUGCGACCUGGCGCAGCCUUCAUGCAAGAAAUGCACGUCCACCGGCCGCACUUGUGACGGCUAUAAUGAGCCGCCUCCUGUCUCCCGGUUGGACGCCGAGCCAGCUCAUCAAUAUGACAACGAGGGCUGUAGAGCUGCGGUAUGCGACAGCGACCAUCCAUGGACCAUGAUUCAAGGAUCCACUGCCCAGCAGCGGCAGCCAGAGGGUCAUGGUCUCUCUCUAUACAAUCCCGGACCGUUCAUGACCCUACCCGUAACUGGGUCAGUGCAGGGCGAGGCAAUGAGCUUUUUCAAACAUAUUUCAGUCAAACAUCUCGACGAAUACCGCCCCAGCGAUUCGUGGCGGAAUACUCUGAUGUAUUUCUCUGAAACAGUACCAGCAGUGCAGCAUGCGGCAACGGCUCUAGCAUUGAUACAGCUUCAUGGCUCGGACCGCGACGCCCUUGGUCGUGCGAAAGAACUUGCCGAUAAAUCUCCCCUAUAUCACUACAACCGGGCCAUCCAAUUGGUGUUGAACCAGGAAGCUGGCAACAGCACCGAGACAACGGCAGUCACCCUCCUGGUCUGCUAUCUCUUCAAUUGCUUUGAUCAACUGGCUGGCAACUAUGACCAAGCAAUGAAGCACCUGCGCGGAGGCGUAGAGCUCUCACGCACCGUCGAGAGGGCUGCCGCCAAUAGCAACAAUGCCAGUGACAACUCGGAAGCAUACACGCUCCUACUUCAGGUCACAAGACAGAUUCGCCGCCUCGACAUGCAGGCUGUGGCGUUUCUAGUCGACUGGACGCCGGUCGAUAUACAAGAGACAGUCAAUUCCCUGCAUCUAUCAGCUGGCUGUGCAUUCCAGUCCCUCGAGGAUGCGGCCGACCACCUCCAGAUUCUGAUCGCUCGGGUGAUGCGACUGCGCUACGCGCAUCACGGAAUAUUCCUAGAGUGUAGUGAUCCAUCCUUGACCUCUGUACAUGUGACUGUCGUCCUCGGGCAGCUGGAUCUGUGGUCAGGUCUCUUCGAAAGCAUGCUCUUGCAACAAGGCGACCCUCGCGAGAACGUUCCUCAACAUAGCAACCCACUCGUAUCGCUACUACGCCUGCAGUAUACCCUUGUAUGGAUCCUUCUCCGCUGUUGCGGACCGCAAAGGGAGAUGGACUACGACGCUUUCCUGCCGCAGUUUCAGCGAUGCGUAGCGCUGGCGGGCGACGUGACGGCGGCGCACGAGCGGGACUCGGGGCCACUACGGUCGACCUACACCCCGGAUGUCGGCAUAGUCCCCGUGCUCUUCAUGGUCGGGGCCAAAUGCCGCCAUCCCACGGUCCGGCGCGAGGUGCUGGGCAUCUUGCGGCGACGGACGAUACGGGAGGCGGUGUGGGAUAGCAUGUCUGCCGCCAGAGUGGUCGAGAGACUCAUUGAGAUCGAGGAGAGCGGACAGGCCGGGGAAGGGAGAACGGUCCAGAGCAUGGCGCAGAUUCCGUUCGCGCAGAGGGUCGAGGAUGUGACUUGGACAGCCGUCCAUGGACCGUCUGCCACCAGGGUGGACAUCUGCUAUGUGUUUUGUGCGCGAGACGGGGAGCACGUCGAGUCUCUCGUGCUGUGA